AUGUAGCAUAAAUAGAUAAAAGCAACUACCUCAUAAAAUAUUCGAUAAAAACUAGCUAUGAAAGACUCCUUAACUAAUAUUAAUUAAAUAUAUAGUCAACCUCAUUCUUCAAAAGGAGCAGAAACUAGAAAAAAGGAAGUAAAUUCUUAUUUAUUUAGAAUGUAUAAGAUUGCAAUACUAUGAAGAAAAAAUUAUUUAAUAUGUUGGGAUAAAACUAUAAUUCAAGUAAAGCAUUCUCUAUAUCCCCUACUAAUUCCCUUAAACAGAAUUAUUUUGUUUCCACAUCAACACAAUAAAAAUCAAAAUAACUUAUACAAAAAUAAAAUCACACACUAGAUUGUCAUACUUCCAUUGCUUAAAAUCCUUAAGGAAAUUUAGUAAGAAAUGUAUAGUCAUAGUAAUCAUUAAACUAAUUUGAAAAAUACACUUCUUUUUUAGAGAAUUAAAAUUUUGAAAACUAGAAUCCUUCAGUUAAUCCAUCUAAAAAAGUUGGAAUUGUAAAACCUAAUUCUACUCAAUCUAGAAAUCAUAAAACUGAUAGAAGUUCAUUAAUAGCAUUAUUUGAAAAAUUACAUUAAAAGGAUAGUUCUAAUAUACAUCGAAAGUAAACAUCCCAAAAUUCCAAUUAUAUUAAUAAUGUUUAAAAAUAAUAGUUUCCAGAAUGUUUUUAUACAGAAUUAAAAUUAAGACAAAAAAUUAAAGGAUCAUUAUCUAAUAAUUCAUCUGGUUAACUUUGUUCCCAUCUUAAUCCUAAUUCAUCAUCUACUCAAAUUCAAUAAAAUCAAUAAAAUACUAUUGAAGAUAAUUUACAAUAAAUAAUUGAAAGAAUGUCAUAUAUACUUAAAAAUUAUCAAUCAAAAUUGAAAUAGGUAGACUUUGAAAAGGAAGUAUUAAUAUAAGAAAUUCAAUAUUGGAAAUCUAAAUACCAAAAAUGCCAAUAAAAAUCAUCAAUUUCUUGA